AUGGAACUGUUCCCACCGCAGCCAAUAUCUAUGGGCACUGACAACUCAUUCUCGGCCCUGAAUGACGACGUUCUUUGCGAGUUCUUCGAGCUCAUGAGCGAUAUCGAUCCUCCACGAGCGCGAGCCAAUGAAGUGAUUGGUCCGGGAGAGGUUCGCUUCCGCUUGGGCUGGAUAUAUCUCACGCAUGUGAAUCGACGCUGGCGACAACUGCUCCUCUCUCUUCAUUCACUCUGGGCGAAGGUAUUCUCCGUGAUGCCCGAAUCCGCGCUGGAUGAAGCAUUAUCGCGCGCAGGCAAUGCUCCCCUACAUAUCACUCUGGACCAUAACCAGUACUCGCCCCGCUAUAAAAAGUUAACAGCGCUCGCUACAACCGCGAUGGGCCGGGUCAGCGUCCUCUCCAAUCCAAACACAUUCAAUUGGUACACGAGCUUGCACGACAAGGAUCUUCCAAACCUCCUCGCGUUGGACAUCCUUCAGAAGACUCAGCCAUCUUCGAAUAUGCUUCUACGAGCGCCAAAGCUACAGUCAUGCAAACUGUACAACAUGCCUACAAUGGUGAUUGCACCGCACCUUCGGCGCUUGGUAGUCGAGCACUCGCUGCCGAGUCCCGUGCAUUGCUUUCUUGACAUGCUCAAUAACCUCUCUCAUCUCGAGCACCUAGACGUCAUCUUACUAGCGAAGGGGCCUAUCACAUGGAGCGGCAACAACUGCCCCACUGUGAUCCUUUCCCGACUACACAACCUACAUCUCUUCGGGACGCAGCAGUCAGACAUCAUUGGUUUUUGGCAGAAGCUCGUUCUCCCGGACGAUAUGCGAGAUCUUCGUAUCGCUUAUCGAGGGAACGCAGGCUGGGGUCCCGUUGUUGACACAUUCGCGCCGCGUUUAACCCACGAAUCAUACAAUGCGCUAGCUUUUCUACGUGGGCAAGGCGAUCUCUUCAGAUUGCGUGCCUUCCACUUCGACGCAGAUGAGCCAGGCGUGCUAGACCCUGGCAUGGACCACCUUGGCGUAUCCCUCGAGAUUAUUCCGGAGUCCGAUGGCGAGGAAGAAAGCGACCGCGAUGAAGGGGAUGACUCUGACGGCGAUCCCCUACUGCAGUACGUCUUGCCUCGCGUGCUAUCGAAUUUCGAGGGAAAGGAGGGGCAGAUCGAGCACAUGUCGUUCGACUGUUUCAAUGAGUUCGAGCUGUUCGAUGAGCUUGAAGACGAUCCAGACUACCAACCUCGCGUCGUGUUGCGCGAUGAACUCUGCCCAUUCUCGUCGGUGAUUUCGGUAUCGGGGCGUUUCACCGACUUCGACUUUAGCGUCUUAGAGGUGUCCGACGAUGAAGACGACGAAGAGGAUGGCUGCGUAUUUCCGAAGCUAGUCAAGCUUAUUGGGCGCGUCGAUGCCAUGAAUUCGGGUCCAGAAAGUAUGCAGGACCAUUGGAAUGAGCUGAAUACCUUGUUCAAGAACCGCUCACACGCCGGUGUUCCCAUUCCCCGCCUACACUUCAUAGGCUACAUGUUCCCGGGCCGGCGAGGCAAAGAAGAGGCCGACGCCGCGAUGGCCGAAGGGCUGCGCGUGGCAAGGAUGAAUGGGCUGCAGGAAUUCGUCGACAGGCGGGAAACUCUGCGGGCGGAAGGCGGGAUCAUCAGUAUGCCAGCGUAA